AUGUCCGCGUGGGUGUGGGAGCAAACACUCGUCCCUAGACAGUCAGGUCUCCCGGAAUUCAAUUACCAGUUUUUCAUCUACCUUCUCAUCUCCGGCUUGCUCUCCAUCUUCUUCCUCCUUUACUUCAACAGGCUCUUCGGCUCGAUAGUCUCCUACGCGAUUCGAACGUGGACAUGGCACCGAUACAACGUCCACAUAGAUAUCAAAGCUCUCCAGGUCUCAUUGUUGGCCGGGAGAGUCUUCUUCUCUGGCCUGCGCUAUCACGGCGUCAAUGAAUCCUUCCUGAUCCAGCAUGGCGACAUCACAUUGCGAUACUGGUUACGCAGGGUGCGCGAGGCUGACGUCCUUGACGACAAACAUUCACAAGGAAAGCGUCCUUCCAAGACCGGAAAUAACUCCAAGCUGCCAUGCCGCAUCAAUGUCAGUUUAGUCGGCUUGGAAUGGUUUGUCUACAACCGCAGCCCAGCCUACGAAGGAGUCCUAGCCGGCCUGAAAGAUGCCGAUACAGCACGCUCCUCCUCCAACGAUGUUGACCAAGAAAAGGCAAGCGAGACUGGCAAGACGCGCAAGAGAAGUCUCUAUGGAUUAGAUCAACUCGAAGAAAUAUUCCCACCAUCGCGAAACGGGCGACCAGUCACCGGACGGCACGACAGCUCUCGAGACGCCGACAGCGUCGACGGAGUCGCGGCGGGCAGCACGGAGCCAGAAAUACCAUUUAUUCUACAGUGGCUGCCUGUGUAUAUCGAAUGCAGAACAGCCGCCGCUGUCAUCGGCAAUGACAAUACCAAAGCUAUCCUAGUUGUCAAGGCAAACGGCCUGACAUGUCAUGUCGACGCUCGGGCAACCAGGACAGUAGACCCCUAUCGCCAGUCGUUUGAUGUCGAUUUCGAUCAUCCCGUCAUCGAAAUUAAGGACAACGAUGACUUCAAGGAAGACCAACCAACGCGCGCCACAAAAGAGCGCGAGAUUGGCAUCCACUUCAGCUCCCAGCCCCGGAGAACCUGGUUCCGGCACAGACGGCGCAAAUUCGUCUCGUCUCUGCGCAAUAUGGUUCCGUAUUGGAGAAGAUCAGUCGAGUCAUUUUCGGCGGAUUCGCGCGCAGAUCUCGGCUCUAGGGCUUCCCAUCCUCCCGGGUCAAAUCGCUGGCAGGGCCUGUCGCGUUAUUUGGAUGACCGUGACCAAGAUGACAAGGCUAGAUGGGGCUCUGUGGAAUAUGCUGCUGUCACCACCAUUAUGGACUCACCCUCAGCACAUCUACAAGUAUACUGGGAUGCAGUGGCCAAGGUGACGCGGCGCGACUCUCGCCCAGGCACUGCGGACUCUCUCCUGCAUGUCAACGGCGGCAACGCGCCUGCCUGGGGUAUGCACUUUCAAAUUAGAGGCGGUACCAUGAACUAUGGGCCAUGGGCCGAUCGCCAACGGGCAGACUUGCAACGCGUCUUCUUGCCUGGGCUGGCUAAAGAUGCUACACCCGCAAAGCCAUUAGCGCCAGGGGAAUGGCGAGUGGCCACAGAAUUCAACCUCUUGAUUGAGUUGGACGACACGGUUACUGUUCGCAUCCCAAUCCGAGAGGAGUCAAAAAAUUGGCGUUGGCGUGGUAAAGAGCCUCCUGUCAACCAGCAGGGAGCUACAAAACGCAAGCAACGGAACAAGGCUAAGAAGAAGGGCAAAUCAGAUGUCAACCAAACCCGCCCUGCAGGAUGGCUUGAGCUCAAGAUACCUGUCAAUUCCUCAAUGGAAUACUCAAUGGACAUGCUCGCUCGAUCUGGGGGCUACAAGAACACUCUUCUAGUUGAUUUACCAACUUCUGAGCUCUGGAGUAGUGUCAAUCAUGACCUUCUUUGGCGUUCUGGACAUCAAAGGAUUAUUUGCGACUUGUCAAAUCCCCUCGGGUGGAAUACGCUCCGAAAUUGGCACUUCAACAUUAUAUCGGAUGAUAUGAAGCUUUACUUGCUCCGCGACCACAUCUUUCUCCUAUUAGACCUUGUUAAUGACUGGGCUACUGGACCACCUUCCGAUUACCUCAUAUUUACUCCUUUCAACUAUCAUUUGCAUCUGAAACUGCGAGAGUUGCAAGCAUAUAUCAAUGUCAAUGAUGGGAACGUCAUCGAUAAUGCGACAGCUCUUGACGAAAACAACUUCCUCAUUCUUUCCACCCCUAUCUUGAAUACGGAGGCCACGAUCCCACUCGACAAAUAUAUACCAGAGAAAAACUCUAUUCCCUUUGAUAUCCGAGCUGAGACGCUCACAUUAUCUGUGCGAACCCCGCAAUGGAAUACUGAAUCGGCGUUUUUGGACUCGGGCUUAUUGGGAAAUGCCGAAGGCUUGGUUGUUUCGGGAAGCUAUCAAUACAAUGCGUCAACCUCGGCAGCUAACACGGACACGCUGCUGCUGAAUGUCUAUGGCCAAUCUCCCCACGUCACCGUGCAUGGCUUCCUUAUACGCUACCUAAUGCUGCUCAAAGACAACUACUUUGGCGAAACGGUGCAUUUCCGCACAGUCGACGAAUAUCAAGAGCAGCUUCAAUCAAAGGCGAAUGGCGACGGUGAUGCUCAUAUGCUACCGCCAAUCAAGAAGUCGAAUGACUUGGACGUGAUUCUCUCUGUCAAGGUCGACGAUCCUCAGAUUGCAGUACCGACGAAUCUGUACUCGGCGAAAAGGUACAUUCAAGGAGAGCUCGCGAGUUUGGCUGUUGACUUGCGAUUUACCAACUACUACAUGGACUUGGAACUAGAUUUGAGUCCACUCAGCUUGUCUCUCGGAAUGGGUGACCAAAAUGACUCGCCAAGCCUGUCAACUUCAAACACACAGCUCUUCAUCGAUGGAAUACGCGUUUUCGGCUACAGAGCAUUUGGGUUGCCACCUACUGAACCCACGUAUCUUUGCAACUGGGACGUCUCAGUCGGUGCAGUUCGCGGUGGCUGCAAUGCGGAGUUCCUAUCGGCCCUAACCAAGGGUGCCUCUGCGUUUGGCUUCACCUUCGAUGAUGUUGAGAAUGCCCUAGUACCAUACUCCUCCCUUAUCUUCCACGACAUAACAUUCAUUCGAGCCCAGGUGGAGGCCAUCUCCCUGUGGAUUCAUCUCCCUGAUGCCGCAUUCCUCAUGUCCACGGGAACAAUUGACGUGAACAGCAAUGAUUGGGCUCGAUCGCAUUACUCCAAAAGGGCAAACGUAAUUGUCCCGAAUAUUCAGAUAUCAUGUAUCGAUGCAGAGUCAGCAGCUGAGCACAAGUCCCGCCACCAACACCCCGUCAAGACGGAUGCCUAUCUGCAUAUGGAUGUGCAACUUGGUUCGAUCGGACGCAAGGUGAAUUUUUCAGAAGAACGCAAAACGCAACAGGAGUUGGUGCGCCGAGAAGACCAGCGCACGGACAGGACCCCUUUCUUGAUCUAUGACGAACUGCUCGAUGAGUUUAUACCUGAGCCGGUCGAUGCCCCUGCUCAGUGUACCCCCCCGCCGCCGUAUCCAGUUGACGAGGUUGAGGCUGAAAACGAGUCUGUUGGAAGCUUUCGAUCGUCAAGUUCUGUUCAUAAGCUCAGACGACAAAGCUCGUUUUUGUCUUUUGCGAGCUCUGGAAGUGGAAGCAGCGUCAGGCGGAGAGGUACAGCUACCCAGGCUCCAAACAGGCCACCGCAGAAGAAGCCUUCGUCAUCUAACCAGUUCCAAGCUCUGAGCUACGCCGCUUCCACCAGUGCAGCACAAGAUACGAGGCAUCGCAGCUACAGUCAUCCCGCAGUCACAUUCUCCAGCCCUUAUUUUGCGCCCCAUUUCUCCAUGGAUGGUAUUCAGCCCGAUCUGCGCGAGCUGGGGACUUUGGAUCUGGAUGAUGCUGAUUGGGAUGAUCCAUUCCAGAACCCAUCAACCCAACUAUGCGACGUUGAUCCGCGAAGUAUCAGUGAAGAAUUCGCUUACUCCGGCGCUAUUGUGGAAAUUCCUUCUGGAAUUACUGCCUUUGUGAGCCCGCAGGCUGUUAAGCAUGUGACCGCUCUGCUGGAAGUAUUGCAGCCAAACACCCCAGAGGAUAUACUGGAUAGUCUACAGGUGGACUCAAUCAAAGAGAUUUACGGCGCAAAGCAACGGGGUGACGCCGCGGGCAACAUCAAUGACCUGCUUGUUCGACUCCCUGGGGCGCAAGUCCGCUUUCUCAACACCUCUACUCUGGACAGUCCUGAUUCAUCUUCCGAGGAAACUGACCGGUAUGACCUACAAUUAUCCAACAUUAGCCUUGUCACCAGAAACGUGCAAGAGCGGAAUGAUGGUUCCGCGAGGCCAAAAAAGUCUAGAACGUCAUUACAACUGCGCAUGAGCCACGCUGAAAUCUCAGCAACAGAGAGACUUGCCGCUGUCUCCAAAGCCCAAGCCGCUGUGAUGGUGCAGAUUGACCAGGUCCUGGUAUCUAUGGGGUCGAAAGACGUGACAUAUCUUGAUGCCGAUAUUGGCUCUGUUGUUGGUAGCACAGCUUCGGGCGAUAUUGAGUAUCUGGCAGCUUUGAUACAUCGUACCGGAAAUGUGGCUUCGGAGCUAUCACAUCUACUUGCCGAGUCUUCAAAACGACAAGAAAACCGUCUCCAAUAUUGUUGCUGUCGUUUGGUAGAGCUUGGACGAUCGACCAACGACCCUCCAUUUCUCAUUCGACCCUCAGCAGUACUUCGGUCAGUGGAUAAGCACUUGAGAACCGUUGACUCAUGGAAGCUGGCUAUGCGAUUGAGGCAAAUCUGGACACUCUUGCCAGAAGCCGACAAGAUUGGUCUUGCGCAAGCUUGCAGCACAGGAACAGAACAACUUCCCCCAAACGCAACUGAAAAAGUGGUGGAAGCGUUUCAGCAUUGGCGAAGCUGGGAUCUUGAAGAUUCUCGACGGACAGUCCUGCUUCAAAAGGUAUUUGGAUCUAUGAAGACACCGGUAGAGCAGCAAGGCGAUGAGCGACCUUUCCUGAGCGCGUGCUGUCUCGGUGAAUUGCAAUUUAUUCUCGACCCGGGUCCGAAGCAGAAUCGUGUCGCUGUUCAAGAUCUUACGUGCAGAUUUGAACGCAAGCUGGAUCCAUCACUCGGAAAGCAGCUUGGAAUCCAUGUUGCGGACGAUCUUCUCAAUACUAUCGACAUUUCUUGCGCUCAAGUCCACGUCGAUCUGAAUUGGGAGCUCUUGGAACUCGGACAAACAGUUUUGAAGCUGUACAACAGAAGCCAACCCGCCUCUACCACCAUCCACAAAAUCACCAAGCCGAAGGUCGCUGACAAGGGAGCAAGCCGUAUGGCCUUGCACGUCUUCUUCGAGAUCCGAAAGAGCUCAUUCACUCUGGAAACCAUAAAUCUUCGUUCCAGCAAUGUUUUAAGCGGAUUCAAAUCAUCGGCAUUGUUGUAUAGACUGGAAAGCGGCAGAGAAUUCAGCAGCCUCAUGCUGAAUUGCGACGCCGUGACUGCGAGACUACACAGCCAUUCUUCUUUACUGUGGACCUGCCAACUAUUGUAUCCGUCGGUGACUGUCUCUCAAGAGAUUCCUGAAGUCAAGGCGCAGCCCGUCAACGUCAUCAAAGGAGCUGCUAGUAGUCGUGGACUGUCAUUUGUUGUUGAAAAAGAUAUCAUGGGCCUCUUGGAGACUGUUGAUCUCGUUGUUCGGGAUGAGGGCGCCCAGCUGGCCCAUCUCCAAAAGCAAAUUCCCACACCGCAGAAGAAAACGCGGUCACCGGAUAUUCCUGACCAGCUAUCAAGCCUGCAGAUAAACGUCGUCAUGUUUCUUGACGGCUACUCUGUUAGUGUACCGCUACUUCAAUCCUUGACUUACAAGGUAUCUGGAGUUGUGGCGCGAGCAGCAUUCUCAGCCAACCACGGGAAAGAGCUUGUCUUUGACUUUGAUGUAAAAGACAACUCGCACGACAUUCAAAUGAAUGUCAACAACAAACUGCAGAGCAUCUCGAUCCUGCAAAUACCGCCUACCAACGGCCGUGUCACAACCCACAUGGGCGAGUCUGAACGUACGAUCAAUGUGCUCUCGUCAAUUGAAAUUGUUCGACUUGACGCGUCAGCCAUUUACAGCUUGCUUACUGCAGUGAAUCGACCGCAAAUCAACGCGGAGAUCGAAGACAUUCAGGAACAAUUUAAAUCCAUUCAACAACACGUUAACGAACUUUCCGAACCAGGACAACCUAAGCCCAGUACGGGAGCAGCAAGCAACGCGAAGACGGCUGCUUCGCUGCCGAUUAUCUACGACAUACACUUGACCUUGGCUGGGUUCCAAGCCCUUACCAAGACAACUUUCAAGAGGCCUGAAGAACCUUUCGCGCAGCUGCUCUUUGCCCUCGACAAGUUUCAUCUACAAGCAUCGAACAGGGACGCUUCUUCUGGUGCUAUUAUGAAGUAUCCUGAGUUGCGUCUGAAUCUGCAGAAUAUUGGCCUCGAUGUACGUCGGGGCCACGAGGGCAAUACUAGGUCAUGUGGUAAUCUUGGAGCGAGCGUCACCGUUAGUGCCGGCUCGAGAAGAUCACCAGAUGGCAAAGACGAAUGGAUCUUCAAUUUCAUGAGUGAUGAUCUUCACGUCAUACUGUCACCAGAGACCGUCUCUACGGUCAUUGACAUUCUUGGCUAUAUGAGUUCCAGAAUUAAGGAUCUGGAUACAUCUCGCGAGCUGGAAUACCUGCGCAAACUGAGGCAGUCCAAGCCACGCAUAUCUAUCAACGACGAUGCAGCAUCUAUUUCAGAUGAGGAAGACCUCCUUGAUUCUGUCCUGUCGUCCGUCGUGUAUCGAUUCCAGCUGCGAAACAUUCGCGCCAGCUGGGAUGUUGCCAAAGAAGCGGAUCAUACCUCUGAUGAGAAAGAGGAUCUUCACUUCUCUAUUUCCUUGAUCGAAUUUGGUACAAGGAGCAGGAAGUCUGCUCGACUGACCAUUGAAGACUUGCAGCUUCAGAUGGUGCCUCCUGGGCAUGAACCUGGAACAAGAUCUCUGCAUUCAGCUCUUCUACCUGAAGUCACAUUCAACGUUGCGUACGUCUCCACAUCUGAUGCUCGACGUCUUGCCUUUCAAGCAAUUGGCAAAUCAUUGGACCUGAGGCUCACCUCGGCCUUUAUUCUGCCCGCUGCCAACCUGGUGCAAUCGAUUUCCUUGUCCGCCAAAAACGUCCAAGAGGCAUAUGCACAAUGGAUCCCAGAUACAGUGCAGGUAUCGCCCACCAAAGAGCUUGUUGAGGCCACGAGCAUCAAGCAAAAGUCAAUACUGGGCAACAAGCGACUUGAGAGUCUUCUGCUAGACGCUGACUUUGCGGGAGCCGUCGUCCAUGUGUCAGGUGGCCACGCGGCGCAGAGCCACGAAGGACCCUCCAUUGGCGGUAAAUAUGGUCAAUUCAACGUGGAUGACUCUGGUAGCAGUGCAGUUCUUCGCAGCCCCGGACUAGCUUUCAAGGGAGAGUUUCGCGACGACGGCAAGGCGGACCCAUCGCUUUACGGCGAGGCCAAGAUCGACGCGUCUGAGAAUAUCCUGUACCCCUCCGUUGUCCCCUUGGUUCUUGACAUCCUAUCGAACAUCAAAGACGUCGUGAGCGACAAGGACGAGGAGCAAAAGGCUCUCGCGCCGCCGAAGCUCAAGCCUCAAAAGACGGGCGAAGAGGAUAACCUUCUCACUGCAGACCCCAGCACCGUAAUCGGCCGGCUGAAACUAAACCUGGGCUUGAGAAUCUGCCAACAGAAGUUUUCUUUGAGCUGCCAACCCAUCGCGCGAGUUGCUGCAACAACUAGCUUCGAUCACUUCUACCUAGCCUUCAACACGAUUACUUCUCAAGAGCACGGCGACUUUUUCGCAAUUUCCGGAGUUUUGACGAAACCACAGGCGUCAGUAAAGCACGUGUAUUCGAGAGAGCCAACAGCCAGCUUUGCUCUUGACACGGUUACCCUCUCCCUCAUGAACAGCAAGCAUGUCAGCGGCAUCAGUGGUGUUUCAGCCAUCCUGAACGUUAGCCCGAUGGCCAUCUCUGUCAACGCAAGACAAGCUCCGGAUUUCUUACUUUUCCGCGAGAUUUGGUACCCAGAGGAGCUCCGCCGUGCUGACUCGGCCCCAGUGGCAAAGCUAGAGACGGAGACGUCCCAGGUUCAUCUGGUUCAGCGGUACCAGCAAGUUGCAGCCACCGCGGCUUUCCCCUGGACCGCGACAGUUUCAAUUGCAGCACUGGAUGUCAGUAUUGACCUGGGCCAGUCCAUUGGAAAAUCUGUCUUCCAAAUCCAAGAAUUCUGGGUGUCCUCGAAGAAGACUUCUGAUUGGGAACAGAACCUAUGCCUGGGGUUCCGCAAGAUCGGUAUCGAUUCCACUGGUCGUCUGAGCGGUUUCGUGGCUCUGCAACACUUUCGACUCCGAACGUCCAUUCAAUGGCCGAAACGUGAGGAGGCUUUGAACGAAACCCCGCUGGUGCAAGCUUCUCUCGCAUUCAAGGCUCUUCAGAUCAAGGCAGCCUUUGACUACCAGGCAUUCCUCGUUGGGGAUGUCACAUCACUUGAGUUCUUGAUGUACAAUGUCCGUGAAACCCGACAAGGCAGCGGAGACCGUCUUGUGGCCAUCUUCAACGGCGAUGCGAUCCAGCUCUUCGGUACCACGUCCUCAGGCGCACAGGGAGUUGCUGCGUACCGGGCACUGAAGAAGCUCGUGCAGGAGAACAAGGAGAGCUACGAGGCGUCUCUCAAGGAGAUUGAAAAGUCCAUCAACCGUAAGUCGAUUGGUGGGCGAAGUAGCUUGCAGCCGCGACGCACCAUCCCCAAGCUUCCAGAGAGCGACACCAUGUCAAAGUCUCCCAUUUCUCUGGACACGGAUGUUGUGGUAACGCUGCGGGCGCUAAAUCUUGGCGUCUUCCCGAGCACGUUUUCCGAUCACCAAGUCUUCAAGAUGGAGGCACUGGACGCAUACGCUAGAUUUGCGGCCAGCAUGAAGGAGCGAAAGAUCCACAGCCUGCUACGAAUGACGCUGGGACAGCUCCGUGUCGGUCUGGCGGGUGUGCGCAACGUCGAAGCGCCACGGACAUUGAGCGAGAUGCAGGUGGAAGAUGUCGUGCAACGCUCCACGGGGUCUCGCGGCGGCACGAUCCUCAAGGUACCGUGCGUCGAGGCCGUCAUGGAGACGUGGCAGUCGCCCAGCACCAAUCACAUCGACUACAAGUUCAAGAGCGCCUUUGAGGGCAAGGUCGAGGUCGGCUGGAACUACUCCCGCAUCAGCUACAUCCGCGGCAUGCUGGCCAACCACAACAAGUCCCUGGAGCAGGUCUGGGGCCGCCAGCUGCCACUGACGGCUGUCAAGAUUACCGGCGUGCCGGGCCUCAGCCCGAAGCAGAGCAUGGAGAGCCUCGGCGGUGGCGGUGGCGAGGAGGCGGACGAGGAGAUGCCGCCGUCGGGGCAGCAAGGCAAGAUCACGGCCGAGGUCACGGUGCCGCAGUCCAAGUACGACUACACCGCGCUCGAGGAGCCCAUCAUCGAGACGCCGCAGCUGCGCGACAUGGGCGAGGCCACGCCGCCGCUCGAGUGGAUCGGCCUGCAGCGCGACAGGCUGCCCAACUUGACGCACCAGAUUGUCAUUGUGCCGCUCUUGGAACUAGCUGGAGAGGUAGAGGACGCGUACGAGCGUAUUCUGGGAUCAUCUUGA